AUGCUGAAAUCAAUCAUGAAUUCAUGCUCACGUGAAUUAUUCUCUUUUCAGCAAGAUGCUCUUGAGAAAUCGUGGUUAAGUUGGUCGGGCGCACGUGAAAUCUACAAGUAUUCAUCGAGAUCCUGGAACCUUAGACGUAUCUCGCUGCAUAAAAUCCCAAAACGAAGAAUUCAUGCAUCUCGCUCGUUCGCUUAUGUGAUGAUGUGUGAAUUUGGUAGUAUAUUGCAUCCAUCGAAUCGACUGCAAGCGUUGGAUAUGUGCGAACGAUUAAGAGUUCGUAACUGCGGAUAUAUCUCCCUAUAUCAGAUAAGUUCUUAUCGUCUCUUGUCGGCUAUCCAUCUUCAUGACAAUUUUUUUGUCGGAUUUUGCCCAAUUUCUAUCAUCGGACUUCUACUCGAAUCAAUCAUUCAUUAG